UACUACGACCUCUGGUGUGGAAUCUUCGACUACUAUAACACUUUUGGGCCCCGGACAUCGCUCUCUAAAGUUAUAAGCGUUUUAAUAAGGACCUCCUUCCUUAUUUAUAUAAUAUCCCUUCUACCUACCCUCUUUACCUCUCCUUUCUUCUUCCUCCUAUCCUUACUUUUAUAA